AUGGUAAAUAACAAUAUUUUUUAUUUUAUUUUUCGAAAAAAUAUUAUUUUAGAUUAUGAGUAUUAGCAUGUGACUCGAAAAAGAUAAAUAUCUUUAUUUACUUCUGACAAAGCUAAAUAUAUUUUAAAAGAUAGAAAAAUAACUUGUGGUAGACCAGAUAUGAACUUACCAAAUAAUAUGAUAUAAACAAAUUAAUAUACAUGGCUAACUUUUUUUCCCAAAAACUUAUAUUAAUAAUUUAGAAAAUUAGCAAAUUUAUACUUUUUAGUAAUUGGUAUAUUGCAAAGUAUCCCUUAAAUAUCAAUAACACAAGGGCUUCCAGUAAUAUUUGUUCCUCUACUAUUUAUAGUAGGUAUAAGUGCAGCUAAAGAUUUUUUCGAAGAUUAUAAACGAAUUGAAUUAGAUUUACCUAAAAAUAUUUUUAUUGUAAAUUAUGAAAAACCUAAUGAAAUUAUCAAUAGAUUUAACGGAUAGAUUCUCAUGUAUGAUGGUAAUGAAAUUCCUUUGAAUUUGUAAAAUUUUGCUUUAAGAGGCUGUCGUUUAAUGAAUACUGAAUACAUUAUAGGGAUGGUUUGUUAUACAGGGCAUAAUACUAAAAUAAUGAUAAAUUUAUUUAAAUAUAAAAUGAAAAAAAGCAAAAUUUUAAUACUUUUAUAAAAGUUUAUCAUUAAUUUGUUUGCUAUUUAAAUUUGUUUAAGUAUUAUUGCCGCCAUUGUAUAUUUGCUUUCUUAUCUUAAUAAUAUAUAUGAAUUUAGCUAUUUAGUUAUGAAUGAAUAUGAUAAAUAAUACCAUAUUGCUUUCUUUACUAAUUUUGGAAAUUGGAUACUUAUAUUUACUAACAUUGUUCCUAUAAGUUUAUUAGUUACUUUAGAGACAGUUAAAUUUUUUUAGGGGUUAUAAAUUUAAAAAGAUCCCAAAAUGGGUCAAACUAAUGUGCAAACAUCAAAUUUAAAUGAAGAACUAGGAUAAAUAAACCAUAUUUUUACUGAUAAAACAGGAACUUUAACCAAAAAUAUUAUGGAAUUUCGAUAAUUAGUAGUAAAUGAUGUUAUUUAUGGUUACGAAGAAGAUCCAUGUUAUGAAGCUUUAACAGAUGAAGAAAUUUAGAAAAACUAUCCUAAAGUAACAAACGUUAAUUUUAGGGACAAAAAGUUUAUGAAACUACUAUAAAAUUCAAAAACUGAAGAAGUUAAAUAAAUAGAGAAAAUUUUAUUUUUAAUAGCAACUUGCCAUACUGUGAAUUCAAAAAUAGAUAAAAAUGGAGAAACAGUAUAUAUGUAGUAAUCACCAGACGAAUAAGCUCUUGUUAAUUUCGCGAAAUUCUCAGGAAUAGAAUUUAGGACAAGAGAUAUGAACGAUAAUAUAUAUAUAAGACAUAUGAAUAUUACAUAUAAAUUUAAAAUACUAUAAACGUUCGAGUUUGAUUCUUUAAGACAAAGAUAAUCAGUAAUAAUAUAAAAUGAAGAUGGAGAAAUUAUUAUUUAUUGUAAAGGCAAUGACUAGAUUUUGUCAGAGAAAGCAUCUAAAAAUACAGACUAAAUAAUGUUAAUUUAUUUGAAAGAAAAGCUUAAUGAAAUGAGUUUGAAAGGCUUAAGGACAAUGAUGUUGGCUUAAAGGACUAUAUCGAAAAUCGAAUAUGAUGAAUGGGAUAUACGAUAUUAGUAAUGUUUUUAAUUAAAUACAUAAAGUUUAAAUUAGGAUGAUUAUUAUAAUUAAAUAUAUUAGCUUUAAAAUGAAUUGGAAUAAGAUUUAACUAUUUUAGGAGGAACAGCUAUCGAAGAUAAACUUUAAGAUUAAGUUCCAGAAACGAUUUUAGCUUUUAAACAGGCUGGAAUUAAAAUUUGGAUGCUUACAGGGGAUAAAAUUGAAACAGCAAUUAAUAUUGGAUAUUCAUGUAAUUUAUUAGAUUAGGAUUAGGAAAAUAUUAUUAUUGAUUUUAAAGAUGAAAAUGUUCUUUUAAGCUUUUUGAAUGAAAAAAAUUAAGAAUUAUCACAAAAUAAUAAUAAAAAUAAUUAAAAAAAGUUUUCAUUAGUUAUUUCUGGAGAAUCUAUUAAUCAUUUAAAAAUACCUAACAUAAAAAAUGCAAUUUUAUAACUUAUCAAACAUUGCAAUUGUGUACUUAGUUGUAGAGUUUCUCCCCCUUAAAAAUAAUAAAUGUUACUUAUGGUGCGUUAAAACGAUCCGAAUUCUAUGACUUUAUCUAUAGGAGAUGGAUCAAACGAUGUAAAUAUGAUUUUAGCAGCACAUGUAGGUAUAGGAAUUUUAGGUAAAGAGGGAUAAUAAGCCGCUAAAGCAAGUGAUUUUGCAAUAGACGAAUUCAAGCAUUUAAGAAGACUUCUUUUUUACCACGGAAGAGAAUGUUAUAGGAAAAAUUCUUAACUUGUGUUGUAUAAUUUUUAUAAGAAUAUAUUACUUGUGUUUCCUUAGUUUUGUAAUGGUGUAGUUAAUUAUUUCAGUGCCACAUCUUUGUAUGAUACUUUUCUUUAUUAAGGGUUUAAUAUUUUCUUUACUUCAGUACCUAUCAUUAUUUAUGCUUUAUUAGAUAAAGAAUAUAAUGAAUAACAUUUAGUUGAAAACAAAAAGAAAAAUUAUUAUGAAUAAGGACUUAAAAAUAAGAAUUUUAAUUAAGGUCUGAUUAGGUAAUAAAUUAUUAUUGCAGUUUUGUAAAGUUGCAUAAUGUAUGCGUUCUCUUUUUUUUCACUUAUUAUUAAUUUUAUAACUUCAGAUGGAAGAAAUAAAUGCUAUUAAUCUAUGGGAGCUAUGAUUUAUGGAAGUAUUAUAUUAAUAUCAAAUAUAAAAAUUAUCAUUAUUUCUAAUACUCAUACUUUUGGAUUAUAUUUAUCUAUUAUUCUUUCUUUAUUAUUUUAUGUGGCUUCAUGGCAUUUUUUAUAUGAAACACCUAGUUUUAAUGAUAUAGAUGAGAAUUUAAAUUCGUAAAUAUUUAUUUUUUUAAAAAAUCACAUAAUAUAUUUUUAAUUAAAGGUUACUUGUUACUCCUAAUUUUCAUUUUGGUACUAUCUUGAUUGUUGGAAGUACCAGUUUAUUCGACUGGGCUUAUUUUUUAUAUUAAAGUAUAUUUAUAAUAUAUUUAUUUAUUAAUUUUAAAUAAAAUUAAAAAAAGAAUGGGAAUAUGAAAAGGAUUUUAAUAAGUAAUACGAUAAUAAUGUUAAUAAUAUUAAAGUUGAGGAAAAAAAAUUAACUAAUAUAUAAUGCAAAAUAUUGUUUGGAAAAAAUAAUAAAUAAGGAUUUGUUAUUAAUAAAUAAUAAUUUUCAUAAUAAAGCAUUAAUUCUUCAAAAUGA